CACUCUUUGAUAUAAUUCUGCUCGUUGAUUGGCUGGUUGACGGAUAUCCCACAAUCCACCGCUGCUCUUCUUCCUUUUUCCUUUCGGCCAUUUUCCUCCCUUGUAGGGAAGUAGGCAGCCAUGGCCCCCAGCCGGAAUGGAAUGAUCCUAAACCCACACUUCCAUAAAGACUGGCAGAAAAGAGUCCGCACUUGGUUCAACCAGCCAGCCAGGAAGCAACGCAGGCGAAAGGCUCGCCAGGCUAAGGCCCGUCGCAUCGCGCCCCGUCCUGCUGCCGGGUUACUGAGGCCACAAGUCAGGUGUCCCACCAUCAGAUACCACACCAAAGUCCGUGCUGGGCGUGGUUUCACCCUGGAGGAACUCAAGGCUGCGGGCAUCCACAAGAAGACAGCCCGCACCAUCGGAAUCUCUGUGGAUCCCCGUCGCCGUAACAGGUCCACAGAAUCUCUUCAGGCAAACGUGCAGCGCCUCAAGGAGAUGAAUGACAUUCAGGAGGCCACCUCCCCCGCCACCAGCCUCGGUGGCCCGGCGACCUGCGUCUCCAAAGUAGAGCUGCGGGUGUCUUGUAAAGCUCUACUGGACCGUGACACUCUGAAUAAGUCGGACCCCUGCGUGAUCCUCAUGGUGCAGACCAACGGACAGUGGACAGAGUUGGACAGGACAGAAGUGAUCAAGAGCAACUUGCACCCCGUCUUCGCGAAGGUUUUCUCGUUGGAUUACUACUUUGAAGAGGUCCAGAAACUACGAUUCGAAGUGUACGACAUCCACGGCACUCACAGCAUCGGGACGCGUGACGAUGACUUCUUGGGCGGGGUGGAGUGCACGCUCGGUCAGAUUGUGGCCCAAAAGAAGAUGGUGAAGCCUCUACUUCUAAAGUAUGGAAAAUAUGCUGGCAAAUCCACCAUCACGGUGCAUGCGGAGGAAAUUUCCGGUAACAAUGGCUAUGUGGAGCUGUCCUUCUGUGCCAAGAAACUUGACGAUAAGGACCUUUUCAGCAAGUCUGACCCCUUUUUGGAAAUAUAUCGUAUCAACGAUGAUGAAACGGAGCAGCUUGUUCACAGAACUGAGGUUAUAAAGAACAACCUCAAUCCUGUUUGGGAGCCUUUCAAAGUGUCUCUUAUAUCGCUGUGCAGCUGUGAUGAGGAGAGGAGGCUUAAGUGCCUAGUGUGGGAUUACGACUCCAGAGGGAAGCACGACUUCAUUGGAGAGUUCUACGCUACUUUCAGAGAAAUGCAGAAAAUCUCCAGCGGAAAUAAGGUGACGUGGGAUUGUGUGAAUCCCAAGUACAAACAGAAGAAAAGGAACUAUAAAAACUCAGGUGUUGUCAUCUUAAAUGAUGUCAAGCUCCAUAGAGUUUACUCCUUCUUGGAUUACAUCAUGGGAGGAUGCCAGAUUCACUUUACGGUCGCCAUUGACUUCACAGCCUCCAACGGAGACCCCAGGAACAGCUGCUCUUUACACUACAUCAACCCCUACCAGCCUAACGAGUACCUGAAGGCUCUGAUAGCUGUGGGCGAGAUCUGCCAGGACUACGACAGUGACAAAAGAUUUUCAGCCUUGGGGUUUGGGGCCAGAAUCCCUCCAAAUUAUGAGGUAUCUCAUGACUUCGCCAUCAAUUUCAAUCCAGAAGAUGAUGAAUGUGAAGAGAUCCAAGGAGUGGUUGAGGCAUACCAGAACUGCCUUCCUAAAAUCCAGCUGUACGGCCCCACCAAUGUUUCUCCCAUCAUUAACAGGAUAGCCAAGCUGUCAGCUGGCGACGGCAACAUUAAAGACGCGUCUCGAUACCACAUCCUGCUCAUCCUCACUGAUGGCGUGGUGACAGAUAUGGCGGACACGCGCGAAGCCAUCGUGCGGGCCUCCUCCCAGCCUCUCUCCAUAAUAAUUGUUGGGGUCGGCAACGCAGACUUCACAGACAUGCAGAUUUUAGACGGCGAUGACGGUGUCUUGCGCUCACCGAAGGGCGAGCCGGUCCUCAGGGACAUCGUGCAAUUCGUGCCCUUCCGGGAUUUCAAGACGGCUUCACCAGCAGCGUUGGCCAAAUGUGUCCUGGCAGAGGUGCCCAAGCAGGUUGUGGAGUACUACAGCCAUAAGGCCAUCCCCCCUAUGUGUCCAGCGAGGGACUCGCCCACACCCAUCCUCACCCCGGUUGCCACCAGCCCGACAGAGUAACUCCUAAACAAGUCCUGAACUGUGACAGCGGCACCUGUCCCUCAAACUGAGACAGGGGAGAGGGACGCCUGCCUGCCUCCUGGGAUAAGAUGAGAAAAAAAAUCCUCAACAUCAUUUAUUCCACUCCUACAGAAGAUUUUCUCGACUUUCCACCAGGGCCUGUGAGUUACGUUUUUCCGCUCGGUGUGGAUUCGCCACAUCACCCCUGGCUUUGCAACGGAACCAUCCCAGCUGAAUCAGCAUCUGAAGGAUUAUAUUUAUUUGUCUUGGCUUUGUGCAUGCCAGCCAAUCCGUCAUCCAUUGAUCACCGACGGAGGACUGAUAUUCAUCACCGGCGCUGAAAUACAGCCUCUUAGUUUUUGUCUCAUUUAUUUUCAUUUCUGCCAGUAUCAUCAUUUAACAAUAUAUUACAAAGAGUAACACAAGCAAUCAGGCUGUGAUACAUUCAUCACAAUGAAAGCUGAUGCAGUUCCUAUUGUGGGCAUGCCACACUGACCUGUCAUCACAUGUACUGGAAUGUGUUUGGCUUCAUUUAAGGACACUAUUUAUUGAUCAAAUCUUCACGAGGAUGACACGUUAAAAUUAUCCACUCGGCGUGGUUCACAAAGGUCAUGCUUACAAAGUCCAGAAACGGAUCAAUUAAUAACACUGCUUGACCUUUUGUGGUCAUCAGUAUUAAUCACCUACUUCCCAGUUUAUUGGACCAUCAACCAUUAUCACCAAUAUCACCGUAAUCACUGAUUUGUCACGUGUCGUGAUUAUCUUCAUCUGCCUGUGAAACUGCCUCUGGCCUAUGGACAUAAAAACGUGACAUUUCCCACUUUUUGUAACUUUGUCAAGUGGCUAAUAUAUUGUAAGUAUUGUCUACAUUCGCUCAUCCUUUACGGUAGUAGACGUCUUUCUGCAACUUUGUUGUUUCACCGAUCAGCUUCGUUGAAAGCACAAAUCCGAGCUGCAACACAAACAGAAAUUUGAAUACGAUUAUAUUCACUAGUGUGCAUAUAAGAAGAGAAUAUAUGUAUGUGUUACAGUUCUUUAUAAAAAGUCUACACAACCCUGUUUAAAGGCCAGGUUUUUUGUUAUAAAAAAAAAAAAUGAGACCAAGAUAAAUCAUAUCAAAACCUUUUCCCACAAUGAAUGUGACCUAGACCCUGUACAACUAAUUUUUUAUUGUCUUUUCGAGAGUGGAAUUAAAAAUAAACAACUGAAAUAAUGUGAUUGCACAAGUGAGCACAACGUCUUACAACUAGGAUGCGACUCUAUUCAGAAUUACCCACUCAUAUUCAAACUCAUGUUAAAAGGGUGCCAGCACACACCUGCCAGGAUUUAAAGUGGCUCUUAUUAUUAACCCAAUGCAUUUUGGGUGUUCUGAGAGGCUUUUUUUCCCCUGACAGAAGACAAGAUUUUGUGCUAACACUGACUCCCAUUUAAUAUGCAAUGCAAUGAAUGCAAUUGGUUAAUUCUGAACACAGCCACAUCCCAGUGGAAUUUAUCUUGGUCUCAUUUGUUUCUCUCCAUAAAACCAGGCAUUUGAACAGGGGUGUGUCGACUUGUUAAAUCCACUGUACAUAGGUCAUUUUCUUCUAUUAUCAUAUUAAACACCAUGUAAUGAUAGCACAGGACGCCAAGCAAGGUGCUACACUGCUCGGAGGGAGCAGUUUAGAGCAAAGAUGCAAUGACAGCGAACCUGUGAGAUGUCUGCGAUUGAACCAGAAACUCUGAUUACAAAAUGACAUGUAUACCUCCUUAGCUGUGGCGUGGAAAAAAAGUAAAAAAAAAAAAAAAAAAAAAAAAAAAAAAAAAUCAGUUUCCCAAAAAGUUCAUUUUGGGCUUAAAAUGUUUUUGUCUCUUGUGAAAGGAACCCAUAUCCCAUCAUUGAAAAUCCCAAUGUGCAUUACAAAACAAAAUGCUUGAACAUCUGAACAUGAAGUCAACUAACAUUGUUUCCAGUACACAUUUUUUCAUAAGGAUUGAGUAAUAUUUUGUAACAAAAAUGAAUGCGCUCAUUACUGGAAAACUGACACAGUAUUUGUUGUUUGGUUGGCUUUAUACACUGCACAAAAAAACGUAACCCUUUUUUUUUUAACUCCCAUUUUUCAUCAGCUGAACUUAAAUAUCUUAAGACUUUUUCUACGUACACGAAAGACCUACUUCUAAUUUUCCCCAUUCCUGACCAACGUCAAAUGCCAGACAAUGUUUUAUAAGAUUAUCCUUUAAGAGUGUCGUUGGGGCACGGUGGUUCACUGGUUAGCACAUCUGCCUCGCAGUUCUGAAGACCCAGGUUCAAAUCCGGUUUCCUCCCACAUCCCAGAAACAUGGGUGGUAGAUUCAUUGAAGACUCCAAAAUUGCCCGUAGGUGUGAAUGUGAGUGGUUGUUUGUCUCUAUGUGCCCUGCGAUUGGCUGGCGACCAGUUCGGGGUGUACCCCGCCUCUCGCGCAGAGUCGGCUGGGAUAGGCUCCAGCAUACCGCUGACCGUAGUGAGGAUAAGCGGUGCGAAAGAUUUAUGGGUGGAUUAUCCUUAGGAGUUUAUUUGUCCCAAUUUUAGGGUCCGAAACAGGUCGGGGUCUUAAAUAAUGAACGUGUUCAAUUUUUACAACCAAAACUCUUCAUGUAUGUUGGGAAAGCUGUCGUCUCCCCGAGUCGUGACGCCGUGAAUUGUGACGUGCAGAAUAUAGACAAUCAAGACGCGCCCUGACUCAGCAAAAGGAAAAGACCCAAAAUAAAAACACAUUCAUCAUUAGCUCCUCUGGAGCUCCCGCAGCUCUCUCUUGAUGCACUCUAUCGACUGGUGGAUACACAGCGCACACGUACACAAGCAUGCAGUGUUGCUGGACUGCUUUGAAGAAGCCAACUGUGGAGGGCUGGCCUGUCACACACAGGAAAACUAUUGAUCCAGUGGGCCUCGAUAUGGACCUGUACCAAUGUAAAUGAUCCUAAAGGAAGUAUGGCCCCGUAACAAAACAAAAACAACAAAAAUGCUUCAUGUGAUUGGCGUGCAAUACUGCGGGAUGGGAUGGGGAAAAAAAGAGAAUGAAAAACAACACAACUGGAGUAAACAUCAAUCACAAUUCAUGGAAAGAGCUUGUCUUGGCUUAUCUCAGCAUGUCAGCACAAUGCUGCGCUUGUGUAAAAAGUUCCAAUCUGUGCGUUACGAUUUCCACAAGCGAGUGUCACUACCAAAUGGUAAUCAGAGAGCUGAAGAAUAUUGUAAAAACGUUUUAUCUCAGUUACCAGCUUGCCGCUCGUUCAUAAACGUCUAGCGUCAAGUCAGUGGUGAAGGAUUGCAAACACGUAUUCAAGGGUUGUUUUUGGGCAAAUCAGCCUAAACGCGGAAGCUCUGAGACGUUCCAAAAACAUGAGUAUCAUUGAAGACUGUAAAUUGUCCAUAGGUGUGAAUGUGAGUGUGAAUUGUUUGUCUGAAUGUGCCCUGAAAUUGGCCGGCAGGCAGUGUUGUACGAAAGAAGAAGAAAAAAAGAAAAAACAGCAGUAAUGUUACUUGAUUUAAGUCCCGACUGACCUUGAAGGUGUCUGGAUGUGAUUGGAUGAGCGAGUUGGGGGUGGAGCCAGCGCAACCGGGUUGAGUCACACUGAGCUUGUGAUAGUUGUGCAGCUGCGCAGCAAGUUGACAACUGGAAAAAAAACCAUCAAUGACGUCAUCGAUUGGUGGACGUCGACUCGACUAUCAUCACAUUUGUGUCGACUCCCCAAAAAAUUGGAGACCCCUGUUAGCUACAGGCAAAUAGAGAGGUUUUUGUUGUAGUUUUAGCCAUUAUUAGUCAGAAAUAGCCAACAGCCCUUAAAUUGUACGUAAGUGGGAACGUAAAUGGUUGACUGUACGUGUCUGAAUUAUGGACAAGCAUGAUAGAAAAUGGAGAUUGGGGGCAACACCCUGAAUUUUGUUGAAUUCCAAAUGACCACAGGAUCACUUGACUUUCGAGCACAGCCGUCAAACUCAAGGCCCGAGGGCCAGAUCCGGCCCGCCACUUGAUUUUAUGUGGCCCGCAAAGGCAAAUCAUGUGUGUCAACUACCAUGAAAUUUCAAAUAGUCAUAUAUCACAAAUGAUGUGGACACCCCUGCUUUCGAGGUUCCACUGUAAUGAUACUGACAUGAGCUUGACUCUAAAUUCUACUACUCUCUUUCUCGGGUUACAACUAUUUCUUUCUCAUUCUUGUUUUUAAUACACUUUUGUCAGUCCAAACAUCACCAAGAGCUGAAACUGGCGAGCAUUUUAUGAAUUAUGAGAUAUAUUAGAUGUUGUAAAUAUGUUUCACAAAGCUUUAUUGCCUCACCACAAUGGCCCUUAAUUUUGCUUUCUGGAUGAAUAGUUACAUCACAGAUUAAAAUAUUAAGUUUCAGUGAGUUCUCUGCAAUUCAAAAUCCAUCCAAAGUAUGAAGAGUCAUGUGUAAUUUCUUUCCACGGUGGUGCAAACGGUGGUGAGGGGAAAUCGUGGAGGCAAUAAAAGCAGCAUGUGGAUUAAAAGAAGCUGCAUGGAUUCCACUGAGCUGCUUAGUUGCGCUUAUCUAACCUUGCACAUGUGUCCGAGCAAAUGAGCAAGUCACAAGUUUUCAAGCAUUUUGAUGCAUUUCUCAUUAGGACACUUCCCUUUUACCACACGCAGCUGCUACUGUCCAGAACAAGGUUUACAGUUCAUAACACCAAUAUGCAACAUUCCACAUGGUUAAGAAACAAUCCAGGCGUCAUGAGUGAAUAUUUGACUUUUUUUAAAAGAAGGAAAUAAAGGGACUUUGUGCAUGCUUACUUCGAUUGUUAACCUGUGCUGUGUUGUCUUUUCUUUUGACUUGAUGUGUGUGUGAUUUGCAAGCCUGCAUUUGCACAAAUGAUGUUCGUGUAGUUGACGCUCUGUCUUGCGGUUAUGUAAAUAAACCUGACAGUAUGAAAAGA